CCCUCUUCCCCUCUCUCUCUCUCUCUCUCUCGCUCUCUCUCUCUCUGUCUGUCUCUGUGAUGCCGGGCUGUGGGUGAGUGUAUGCCCGUGACCAGACUGAAGCUGGGGAAGCUAAAGGUGGUGCGGCGGCAGCUGCUGCAAAGGUAUGAACACCAGCCGUUUGUCUCCUGCCUGGCCGGCCUUUAUGGUUGCCAAUGGAGACGAUACCAAAGAGCCCGAGCGCAGCCAGGAGAGUGCUGCUGCAGCAAGGUGGAGUGUGGCUGUUUUGGCCUCCUGAUCCUCACCUUCUUCCUGAGUUCUUUAUUCCUCUAUUUCUGGAGUGAAGCUCAGAAUGACUACAUCGACUUUGACUGGUUUAACUUUGGGACUCUGGGCUUCUGGUUUCCCUGGUCUCUGGUCCUGCUAGUCAUUGCUGCUGCUCUCUUCACAUACAUCGCCCUGCUACUGGUGCUGGCGGUGUGUCUGCUGUCUGAGGGUCAGAGGCUGUACCUUCACUGGAGUCAUAAGACUGGCAUUGUGGUGACGCUGGCGUUCUCCGUCACAGCCACCGCCGUCUUGUCUGACCUGUGGAGCAAAGAAUGGAAAACUCUCCUUCUCUCCCUGCAGGUGACAGCGCCUUUCCUCCAUGUGGCUGCAGUCUUGCUCAUGGUGAUUCUCUCCUGGCCCAUGGCAUUGCACUUCUUUCGCAUGAACAAAAAAGGUAGUUUCCCCUUUCACAGCACAUGUAGGCACCUCGACAGAGUGGUGAUGGGAGAAAAGGCACAGAACAGAACAGAUCUAUUGGUGCCAUCCACAACUUUUGACAAUGGAAAUGCAAAGACUACCGGUCUCACGUGUAACGAACUGAUCUGA